AUGGAGGGCGCAACAGCCACUGCUAUUUCAAGUUCUGUCCAAUCUUGUGGGAAUGCCAUUAACGAAAUGGACCCUUCACCCGAACCACUGGCCAAACUGGUCUAUGCAAAGGGCGGCGAGAAUAUUAUUUUCAGUCAGACCGAAGGAGAUGGUGAUGAAGUCUCUACGGCAUUAACACACAGUAUAGCUUCCGAGACAUUGUAUGGAGGUAUAUCUCAGCAUCAAAGGGAGAGCACUUUGAAUCAUUUUGGACGGGGAAAGUUGACCAAGCAUGUUGCCACAGACGUCGCAUUUCGUGGGCUUGAUAUCCAGAAUGUUGAUUUGGUGAAAAAAUUGACGUCCCUUCCAGAGAGUUUGCAUUCGGAAUUCCCUCCUCCGAAGUUGAUUCCUCCCUCAAAGUUACAAUCACUUUCGCUUCGGGGAUUGCAGCAAAUCAACGCAGGCCGCAUGCAAUGGGAUUUGCAAUGA